AUGGGUCACUUCCUCUCAAAAUUGCCUGCGGCCACCCCAUUGUUACCAGCAGGUGUACAGCAGAGCCAGCACAUAGUCAAGAAGGACCACCGCCACGUUGAUGGAUAUUUCCCCAACACCACGCGACCAUUUGAUUACAACCGACCGACUGAGCGGUACGAAGCCUUAAAGACUUUCCACCCCUACCGAAAGCUUCCCACUGAGCUGAAGUUCAUGAUCUGGGAACAUACAUUUCCAACACAGCGGCGCGCCAUCGAAUUGCAAAAGGUGGCCCAUCCAUACCGUGGAGUCGUGUUCAGCAUCCGCGCCGUGCCACGAACCCCCAACGUCAUCAAAGUCGCGCUGUCCGUCGACCGCACCUCGAGAGCCUUGGUCUUCAAGAACUACAUCCCACUGAAACUAGGUUUAAGAAUCAAGCCCUUGGAUCUCGACUGGGCCCGCCUAGGUCGCAUGCCUCCUGGAGCUUGGUACCGGUACGGCCUCCGGGGCACUAUGUGGAAAUCCCCGGGAAUCGUGGGGAAUAAGUGGCUGUUCGCAGGCCCGACGGUCUUCAUGAGCGAGCGGUAUGGGGACACCGUCAUGACCAGGGACCGCAGCGUGCUCGUCUUCCCCUACCGGCCUGCCGCACACGGGCUCGACACCAUCACCAAGACGUAUCUGCAGCCCUCUUGGAAGUUGGAUCUCUCAGAAUUCUCUGCGAGACCACCCUUCCCCAGUCUCAAUCCCCAUAUAUGUCCCGCGCCUGCUUUCACGUGGUCGACUGGCUUCACCUCGUCGGAUGGCUUCACGUGGGCGUUUUUCGAGAAGUGGUGGGCCUGUCUGCCGCAGCAGGAGGAGGAGCGUGACUCGCCUCCGGUCGGCUGGGAGGCGGAGAUUGAUUUCUGGAACUCGCCCAAGGAGCAUGACGUCCCCUAUAUCCUGCAGUUUAGGGGAAGAAAGCCAGGAGCAUGCAGGCGGCUCUAA